UAAGGUUACUGUCUAUGGUUUUUACGAACACAUCAGUGCGUUCUGUAGUAUCAGUUUAAUCCUUGUGGUAUAAAGUGUUUGAUGCGAUUUCGACGGAAAAGGUGGCUGUGAUUUGAAGUCAGGAACAGUAGAAAGCUUCAUCGUGAUAAAUGUCAGGCAUUGCUAUUGCAAGACUCGCCGAAGAGCGAAAAGCAUGGAGGAAGGAUCAUCCGUUUGGCUUUGUAGCAAGGCCAACUAAAAAUCCAGAUGGUACGCUUAAUUUGAUGAGUUGGGAAUGUGCAAUCCCAGGAAAAAAAUCUACUCCUUGGGAAGGUGGAUUAUAUAAAUUACGAAUGAUCUUUAAAGAUGAUUAUCCUUCUAGUCCACCAAAAUGCAAAUUCGAACCACCAUUAUUCCAUCCAAAUGUAUACCCAUCUGGUACAGUAUGUCUUUCCUUAUUAGACGAAGAGAAAGAUUGGCGGCCUGCGAUUACAAUAAAACAAAUCCUUUUGGGUAUACAAGAUUUACUUAACGAACCUAAUGUAAAAGAUCCAGCCCAAGCCGAAGCUUACACAAUAUACUGUCAAAAUCGCUUGGAAUAUGAGAAACGUGUAAGAGCUCAAGCAAGAGCAAUGGCUCCUCAAGAAUAAAAAUUAUCUACUACUUGAUAAAUA